CUCAACCAAUGAGAAGAGCUUUUCAAUUUGGUCGUUUAUUGGCAGUAAAAACACAUAUUAUUUCAGUUGUGACUCUUCCUUUAUAUUGGAAUUGGUGAUGGAAGAUUGCGGCAUUAGGUAAUAUAUAUAUCUCUGAUUAUAUCACACGAGCGCGUUAAUGUACUGGAGCCGAAGCGGUUGAGUACUGACUGAUAUGAUAUCAACAGCAAGAAUGUUUUGUAAAACUACAGUAAAAGCGGAACUUCAAGAUUGAUUGACACACGCUGAGGGACUGAGCAUUUGCCCUCCACGGAAAUAGCCGUCUUACAAAGUGGAAAUAUAUAAACGACCAGAAAAUAUUUGGCAUAGAAAAGAAAAAUCGAUGGAGUUGAAGAACGUAAGCUUGAGCACGCAGUCUUCUUCUUUAAGGACGUGCUAUCCGUUCAGCUCUGUGUGGGUUUACAGAAGCGAUCUCAUCAAGGCUUGUAUCAUGGCUAGCUUCGUAGAAGGAAUCAUUCUCGUGCCUAUUACUAUAGCAAACUUUCUGGUCAUCGCAGGAAUUUGUCGAACACGCUCCCUUCAUUCCCCAGCGAAUUUUCUGAUAUGUGCUCUAGCUUUUUCGGAUUUUGGAGUCGGGAUUCUUGCCUUACCUUUUCACUUAGCAUCCAAUGCUUUUCUCUUGGGAGACGAUUUUGGUGGAUGGUGCCUUUCGACUAGGAUUGCUUACGGUCUAGGCGUUCUUCUCGCUGCUGUUUCUUUAGUAACGAUUGCAGCAGUUAGUAUCGAAAGAACUGUGGCAUUGUACAUGGCGUUGCGCUAUGAGAUGAUUGCGACGAAUGCUAAAGUAAUCAUCUUUACAACCCUAACUUGGAUAGCCAUGGCUUUGGUCUCUGUUGUCCAAUUUGUGGAUCUAUUUUCAUAUCAACUUACAGCGGCUUUUAUCACAUUUGUGUGCUUUACAAUAAGCUCUUACUGUUGUUUGAAGAUCUACUAUGUUAUACGACAUCACAGAACACAAAUUACUAUUCAAGAAUAUGCAUCCGAGUACCAAUCCACGACUAAUCCAAACGACAACGAAAAGAGUAACAGUGCUGUACAGAAGAAAAAGUCUUCUACAUCUUUGCUAUGUCUCUAUGGAUUAUUUCUGCUGUGUUAUUCUCCUUACAUUGGAGUUCAACUAGCUUUGAUCCUAAGUGUUGAUAAUAGUCAUGUUCAUGCGGCUGAGAUCACUACAGUCAGCAUCGUAUUUAUCAACUCUGUGCUCAACCCUAUAUUGUAUUGCUGGAGAAUGAGAGAUAUACGUCGUGCAAUGAUUUCUGUUCUACCAUCUUGUCUUAAACGAAAUAGAAUCGAAAACAACUGCAGUGCGGGGCGAAGUGUCACCAGAGCUUCAGUUAACACCAAGAAUAUGUUACAGAAAAGUUAGCCCGGCGUCAUGCAAUCACAAGCUUUCUCCAAAACUAAAACUAAAAGGAAUGGCCAAACUUAAAAAUAAAAAUAGAAAAAAAGAUUCGCCCCCAAAAAAAUCACUAAAACUUCUGGGAAGCCAUACAUUGUUAAAGUUGCAUUCAUCUUGACUUUUAAAUCGAAAAAAACAAAAACAAAAACAAAAAAAAACAAAAAAAAAAACAAAAAAAAAAAAACGUAAUUUAUUUGUUAUGCACUGAGUAAACUCGAGGUUCUAAAAAAGAUCAUUGGAGUUUGUUUAUUCGCAUGUUGGAAUUAUUGCUUUUGGAUUAAGUUACAAAAAUAUUAUAAACAUUUUGUUCUAGUAUAUGAUUAGGUCUACACCACAUCACAUUAACGUUUUAACGAGGAGGAAAAUGAGAGCUAUAAGGAAUGAAACAGCUGCCAAAAUGAAGAGAAAGAGGAAGUUGUAAAAACCAGAAGGAACCAUUAACGCUGACUCUUCGACAAAGAUAUUUCGCUUAUCGGUCAAAAGUGUAAGAUUUUCAAUGAGAUAAAUAAAAUAUUAAGACAUUUUUCGCUUA